UGUUAAUACAAACAACAGUGUUUAUACACACAUAAUUUGUGCCUAAUUCUAGUUCUCUUCUCAUCAGUCUCUUCUCUCUAGCUAUUUCUAUCCCUUAGUUGCACAAAAACUGAAAACAUAAUGGCUGGAAGCUAUGAGGAUCAUCAGGAAGAACUACGGCGCUGUGGAAUUCAGUUUCGGAGGCGACGAAGAAUGGCAGUGGCACGACUUGGGGGGAAGAGAUCGGGACGGAUCGUGGGGUGGGGGAGGAUAGUGAGGAAGAUACGACUGAAAUGGGUGAAGAUGAAAUGCAUAGAGAUGGUGAAGAAGAUGAAAAAAUACUACAAAGAGUUGAUGAAGGAUAUAAUGGAAGCAGGAGCUUAUGGAUAUGCUGACUCAUAUCAACAUAGGCUUCUUUUGGAGACUUCUUUUGCUAUUCCAAUUCUGGGUGUUUCUCUUUCUACUCAUUCUAGUAUUCAUGCUGCUACAGCUGCUACUUCAUAAUUCUCUACCUUUCCAAUCUCUAAAUUUGUAAAGAAAUUUCUUAUCUUAGUGUUCAUCUUUAAUUAAUUAAUACAUAUUUGGGAUUUUCUUUUUCUU